CUUUUCCAUUUAACGGUGAUGUCUAAAAUUUUUGGUCCAGAUAUAAUAAUCAUUUCAAGCAAUUGAAAAGAAUCCUAGAUUAAAUUGUAUUUCCUUGAUGUUGUAAACCGGCCUUAAAUCUUAAAUCUGAAAACUUAACGAAAAUACUUUCGUUCGCAUUCAAUCAUUCAAAUAGGUUUCGCUCCAACUUCAGACUGGAUGAGACAACGACUUUGGCGCUCAAAUUUUCGUUAAACGCAGUCAUGUCAAAUGAUCUAUCGAAUUAUGUGUGUUUGCAUUACAGUUGAUCGACGAUUCUUUCUAUUUUCGUAUUAAUAGUGUAGUCAAGUUAUUAAAAUAAUUCGUUCUAAUUCAUUGUGUAAGCACAACGGUUGAAUUAAACAAAGAACAUUAAUCGGUUUAUGUAUAAAACAUUUAUAUCAUUCACCUUGUUUGAAAAUGAUUUCACAAUAGAGUUUGACUGAAACCGCUAAGCAUUUGGCAGAAACAGCAGAGGAAAUAACAACAAAUUUAGUGAAAACAAUUACCGAGUCUCUUUGUGCUGUCCAAAGCGAAAUCGUGUUCAUUCGAAUUUGUUUUGAGCUAUAUUGAUUCCAAUCUAUUUUUUUCCGAUUACUGGAAAAAAUCACGAUGAAGUCGUCGCCGAAGUUAAAUGAAAUGCCUCCGUCAACGGGAUCAAAAACACCAGCUAGCGGUAAAAAAUUGGUACAAGCACGUCUUCCAUUCAAAACAUUGGGUGGUAGUGAGCCUCCUGCAAAUGAAACAUCGGAUACUACUUUGGCUACCGCAAACACAUUAACACCCGUUACGGACAAUCGAAAACGUAAGCAAAGUACGUCCGCAGCCAAAGACGAUGGGUUCCGUGCAGCCAAAAUAAAUCGACGUGAAUUGGAUAGUAACGAUAGCGUUGUUGUUCUUGAAACUACUGAGGCUAUGGAAAGUGAUUUGUCGGCUGACAGCGAGACGGGCAAUGGUACAAAGACGAUGCUUAGCCGAAAUUCUGAGAGCAAAGAGAAUUGCAAGGAGGCAGUUGAAAAAGUCGAAAAUGCAAAUUGUGCACCCAAAGCGAAGCAUUCACUGGAAUUUGAUGAAGAACGACCGGAGCCACGUAAAUCGAAAAGAAAUGAUUCGAGCUUUACAAUCAAACUCCCAAUGAGCAAAAAAACAAAGAAAACCAAGAAACACAAGACUUCUGAACCAAGUGACCCGACAAAAAAUGAGAUUCCAAUGGAAGAAGACAAUCUACAAGAUACUAUCAUGGAUGUUGAUACAAUCGAAGAUACAGAUGUAGAUGCAAAUGUCGAUGCAGGUGCAAAUAGUGCAUCCACAACUACAUCGUUGGUGCAAGAUGUAGAUGAAUUAUCCGACAACGAAGAUUCGAACAAUUUUGGAGACAAAAGCCUUCUAAAUGAUUCAAUCACGUCCAAUACAUCCGAUCGCUGCUUAACACCGGCCAAAAUGACACCAAGACAACUGCAACGACGACACGAAUCCGAAAAGAAGAAGCAAGAGAAAGAGCAAGCUAAAGUUGAACGGGAACGCAAGUUACAGGAGGAGAAAGAACAACGUCAACGUGAAAAAGAAGAGCGGGAAUUACAGAAAAAACGAGAGCGCGAAGAGAAGGAUGAGCAACGCAAAAAAGAGAAGGAAAUGCGUGAGCAAAAACUGCUGGAAGAAAAAUUGGAGAAACAACGAGAAAAAGAGCAGAAAGAACAUCAACGGAAAAUUGAGCAAGAGCAACGGAAACGCGAAAAAGAGGAACGAGAGCUUCAAAAGAAAAAAGAGCGCGAAGACAAAGAACGUGAAAAAGAGGAGGAACGCAAGAAGAGAGAGGACGAAAAACGACAAAAGAUCGAGGCUGAACAAAAUAAACAUAGAAAAACUGCUGAGGCAUUUGUAAAGUUUUUUGUACCAAAAAAAGUCGAAAACAAAUGUGAAUCGAAUGAAAAUGACGAGAAAAUGGACCUCUAUCAAGUGUCACAAAUGUUUAUGUCGUUCCAAGUGAAAGAAGAUAUGAAAAUGGCGCCUGUGACUCGUAGAACCUUGAAUGGUACCGAACGCUCAACAUUGGAGCAAUCACUGACAUCUAACAAUUCAUCAGUUAAUCUAUACCUUGCACAAAUAAAGAGUGAUGCAUUUGUUGCGAAAAAAACCGCGCGUACCUGGCAAGACGAUGAAGAUGAUAAAUGUAGCAAUGCUGAUGAUUUAUUCAUUAUCGAAGAGGAUGGACAAGGCGUUCAACUCAUCAAAGAAGAACCGAAGAAACUAUAUCGAGCCAAGUUCUUUAAGUUUGCAGAAAACCGUCGCCCCCCAUAUUAUGGCACUUGGCGCAAGAAAAGCGCAACUGUUCGAGCACGAAAGCCCUUCGGAUUGGAUUCGCGAUUGGACUACGAAGUGGACUCGGAUGACGAAUGGGAAGAGGAAGAGCCUGGUGAAUCAUUGCACGGUUCCGAUGAUGAAAAAGAGGUUGAGUCUGAGGACGAAUAUGAGAUUGACAAUGAAUUUUUUGUUCCGCAUGGUCAUCUGAGUGAUGAAGAGCUUCAAAAUGAGGAUGAACCAGACUUCAAUGACCCAGAAAAUCUGAAAUUCAAACUGAAACUCGCCCAAAAUGAAUUUGAACACGAAAGAAAGAAGAAAACUCAAAAGUUGAAACCACGGUUGAUCGGCCUGAUUUGGCAAAAUUCAAAUGGAUUAAAACCAGACAACUGUUCCAACGGUGUUUGGGAGCUGAUGAACAAACAUGCGCUAUUAUUCAACGAGCCAACUGUGAAAGUAGAGCGGCCAACCAACCAAACUGAGAACAGUGAUGAUGAGAACACGAAUACAAAACCGCUCGGAGUGCGACGAUUGCAAAUCGGUGAAAAAGAAAUCCCCGAUUUGAUAAGAUUGAUCAAUGGCAACCAGAAUAGUUCCAAGUUUUUGGUGAAAGAGUUCUGUGCUUUUUUGGCAAAAAACCAUCAACCGCAUCGUGAAUAUGCGAGUUCAAGCAUCAUGGCCAAAAUCAAGGAGUUGGCCGCAUGGCAGUCAUGUCCUGAAGAAGACUGUUGUAUGUAUAGAAAAAUGUGCUGGUACGUUCGGGUGGAAACUCGUAAGCGAUACAACGUGAACGAUUUGACUUUUCCAAACACUUGGUCAUACACAAUACCACCACGUCGUCCAGUCGGAAUGAACGAAGUUGAAGGUGAAAGCAAAGCAACCGAAAACAAUGAAGUGGAGAAGAAAACUGAUCUUGCUGACAUCAUUGAGGUAUCUGAUGACUCCAACAGUUGCACUUUGUCAGAGACUCUGACGCCCGAACUGAUCAAACAGGCUUCGUCGAAACGACAAAAUUACAACAUUGCCAAAUUCAUUCGUCCCUUAACCCUGGACGAGAAGAAAAAGCAGUUUGAACCGAUCACGUUGAAUCGUCGUCCAUCAGAAGAUCAAAUGACAGAGAAAGAUACGAACGAAGCACCGUCUGCGAAAUCAUCAUCUCAGGCGUCGGCACCAAAAAAACGAUUAAAUAUUCUGAUGUCGGGACCGGUGGGUCAGGAGCUGUCGCCAAAGCUCAAAACAACACUCGUCACACAGUUUCUAAGCAACAACGUCCGAAAGCGAAAGUCAACUGACGUAAACAGCGAUGUGACAGAGACUUCGUCGACCAGCACAGCAGGCACAAGUGAUGGCGCGAAGAAAACAAAGCUCAACGAUUCGGUCAUUGUCAUUGAUUAAGAGCGAGUUCAUUAGAUUUUGUAGUUGUUUAAGUUUUUUUUUUCAAAACAUAAGGCAAUUUUAUUUGAAGCAAAAUUAUUACACACAGUUAUCGAUCAUAUUAUCAAAAUCUGCAGAAGUUCUUUUUGAAAAAUUAUAAAGAUUUUGUUAAUUCCCAUUGAAGUUGAUCUAAAAAUAGGGCAAUAGAUUACAUUAAGUGAGGUUGAAUAAAAUGAACUUUUCUAGUUGAAAAUUUUUCAUUUCACAAUUAUUGGAUUCAUUAGCUGAAUGGAAAAGAAAGUUAUGUUCAUUUCCCCUGUAUUUAUAAACAACAGCAUUGAAAUAAAAUAAUAACAUCAUCGAAAUCGAA